CCCGCAAAUUGCAGCUAAUAUAUGGGACAUUUUUAUACUCAAAAUUAUUCUUUAUCUGAAAUUCCUAUUUCUCUGGGCGUCCUGCAUUUUGUUGGGUAGCCUUACUCCUCCUCAAGUCCGUACCACGGUAUCUCACUUCAUCAUUUUCGUUGCAAUUACUACUAUCCACAAUUGUUGAUUUAGCAUUUGUGUUUCCCUGAAGGCCCCCACGCACGUACAGAGCCUGGGAUGGAAGCUUUGGGGAAGUGGAGGCCUCACCUGUGUCGCUGAUCCAGGUAUUGCCAGAGCCAAGACAUGGUGCGCAAGUGACUCGUUAUCGUUGUUGUCACACAAAAUAAUACAAUUCAACACUCGUUACAGAGCUUAUUAUUGUUAUCGGAUGCUGCUGAACUACGGCCCUGGGAAAGCAGGCUGUGCGACCUGGGCUGCUCCCUCCCGUCCCUGGGCCUCAAUUUCCCCGCCGCGUAGGGAAGAUGGGCCGGGCUCGGACCCCGGGGCGGGAGACAGCUGCCCGGGGUCCCUGUGAGUCCGCUCCGCACCCGCCGCUCCCAGGCCCGGCCGUCCAGCGCCCCCUGGCGGCCGCCUGCCCCGCCCUCCACCGGCCGGGCCUCGGUGUUACACCGACGGCGGCCCCCCCCAGUUCCCUUCCGGCGCUCACGUUUCUCGGCCCCAGGCCGGCCCUCGGGGAGAUCCCGGGCUUACCCCAACCGGAUCCUGUGUCGCUGACCGCGGACGCCGCUCGCCGGGGUGGCAGCCCUUUUCCUUGGGGGCCAAAGAGCCCCGCCCUGCUCCCGGCCGCGCGGUACCAGAGGCGAAGGCCCGGUUUCCAGCCGGUCGGCGAGAGAAGGGCACUUCCUGGGAUCGGCGCUCACGUGUGGAGACUCGCGCGGGGGGGCUUCCGGGGUCCCGCGCGCUGCUGUCCCCGCGGCCGGCGAAUUGGGGUCCGGCGGGACCUGUGCUCGGCGGGCAGAGCUCGGCUCCGGGGCCGCGGCGCCACCGUGGAUGGGCGCGGGGGCCGGGACGGUGCCGGGAUGGCGAAGGCGAGGGUGCUGGCCCCCGAGCGCGCCCCGGGCGACCCCGCGCCUGAGCCCGAGCUCGUCAAGAAGCCGAAUCGGAAGAAAAACAGGAAGAAAAGAUUUUGGAAGAACAAAGCGCGAGAAGCAGGCAGAAAGCCGGGAAACGGCCCCGGCGUGGUCGUGGUGCGACCUCCAAAGGCACCGGAGGACUUUUCCCAAAACUGGAAGGCGCUGCAGGAGGAGUUGCUGAAACAAAAAUCACAGGCCCCGGAAGAGGCUCUUGUUCUCUCUCAGACGGAUUCCAAAAAGCAGCCCCAAGGUGUCCAACAAAACAGUAAAGUGAUCUCAGAUAAAGCAAAGAGAGAUGAGAUGGGGACAGAAAACACAGACCCCAAGGCCACACGGGGCUCUGUGCCCUCAGGAUGUCUGACGAACAGGAAGAUCCGGGCACAGCGCAAUGAGAAAGGAGCGAAGAAAAGGACCAAUGAUGACAUUUCCCCGAAACGAGGAGAAGUCAGACAUAAGAAGUGGAAAGCUGAGGAGGUGACCGCCACCUUGCCUCCGGCCCCGCCCACCGAAGAAGACAUCUGGUUUGACGACGUCGACCCAGCGGACAUCGAAGCAGCCAUCGGCCCGGAGGCAGCCAGGAUAGCACGGAAGCGGCUGGGUCAGAGCGAGAGCACCAUCACGCUGGUGAAGGAGCGGGCCUUCAGCGGCCUGACUAAAGCCUUAGCCGUGGACUGUGAGAUGGUGGGCGUGGGCCCCAAGGGGGAAGAGAGCAUCGUGGCCCGCGUGUCCCUGGUGAACCAGUACGGGAAGUGUGUUUAUGACAAGUACGUGAAGCCAGCCCAGCCGGUGACUGACUACAGGACGGCGGUCAGCGGGAUCCGGCCCGACGACCUGGCGCAGGGAGAAGAAUUUGAAGUCAUUCAGAAGGAGGUGGCAGACCUGCUGAAGGGCCGGAUUCUAGUCGGACACGCGCUGCACAACGACCUGAAGGCGUUGUUUCUUUGUCACCCGAAGAAGAAGAUCCGGGACACUCAGAAGUACAAGCCUUUCCGGAGCCAAGUGAAGGCAGGGCCUACAGAGGCCCCACCUGAGCGUGGCUGUGCGCUGCCCUCUCCCCUGGCAGAGUGGACGGCCGUCUCUGAAGCUGCUUGCGGAGAGAGUCCUGGGGAUCCGGGUGCAGCAGGCGGAGCACUGCUCGAUUCAAGAUGCGCAGACAGCGAUGAGGCUGUACGUCCUGGUGAAGAAGGAGUGGGAGAGCAUCGCCCGAGACAGGCGGCCCCCGGCCUCCAAAGCCCACGGUAACGACGCUUAGCAGGAGCCCCGUCCUGUACCACGCUCGCGGGCAGCUGUGACCAAGCCGCCGGACAGAUGGAGUCCCCCCCGGAGCAGUGACCCUGUGGGAAGGUUUCAGAAUCAUGGCAGCAGGGGCACGCGGCGUGCUUGCUGCUGGGCAGAACGUCUCCUGUCUGGUUGUGGCGUCUGAGACUCAUCCCCGCCGAGGGACGGGAGGAGGGGCUGUCCCUGGGGAUCCCCGGGUCCCAGGACCGGAAGCGCCUAGUUGUCCCCAGGUGUGUGGCACCUUCCUCCGAGAAGGCCCCUUUCCCUCGUUGCCUCGGCCAACGGAAAGGAAAGAACUCCGCGGACUCAAGCCUGGACCGCGCGGCUGUGGGUAGUCCGGCGGCAGCCUCGUCGAGGGGUUUUCAGCGGUUCCUUUCUCACCCGCCGCACACAAGUUUAAACUGCAGGUCGGGGCCCAUGGCCGGCGUGGGGAGCUCAGGCUGCCCAGCGAGGUGGCAACGGUUCUCCCCAGAGGUGGGCGACUCCCCGACUAGGAUGGAUGUUCUGACCACGGGCGGCCCGCAGCCCUCUCCCCCCGGCCCGGGCGCGGGGGGCUUUCUGAGCACAGGAGCAGCCGGUUGCCGUGAGUGGAGCGUUUAGCACCAGGCUAUACUGAGCCCCUGCUAGCCGUACAAAAAGUCUGAACCCACAGAGGAUGUUGUGUGACGUAAACGCAGGUUUUUACUUGAGCUGGAGCUUGUGAAGGUUCAGUGUCUGAGGGGACUGCCGUGUCCCCCUGCUGGUCCUGGGUGACACCUCUCCCUGACCCCCACCCCUAAGGAGACGCCCUGUGGCAGUGGGCGCCCUGUCAGGUACAGCCUGAGGAGGGAGAGGCAGACCUCCCCGGGCGGCUGCCUGCGACAGGUCUACUGCCCACCGUGGGAGCUGGGCUGCAAGGCCUCUUCCAGUUUCUGAAGCACACUUCGUGCGUAAGAAACCAGCUCCUGCAAGGAGAACAGCAGGUCAGCCGUUUCCAUGGACGGUCUCUGGGUCCACGAGUAAAUUCUGUUAACCUGC